GACGACGACGAAGUGGCAAAAGCGAAGAAAGAAAAAUAUUUUGGUUGCGAAGCUGGUGUUCAUUGUGUUCCGUGCCUGCCAGUGAAAAACACUCCCAUUUUGGACUAAAAAUUGGAAUUUGUGUAAAAUGAAGUGUUCGCGCGGCCAGAAUCGUUGAAGGUCGUUCGCGCCCCGUUGGAAUUUCGACGAGAAUCGCGUUUUCCUCCAGGAAAAAAAUCUGUUGAGUGAUUCAUCGUUUGUCUGGUGUGUGCCUUCGGGAAGUGUGCGGAAGACACUAGAGAGGGAAGGAGGGGACCCGUCGGUCGUCUGCGUUUCACCUUUUCGUGGAACGGUGUCAUCAUCCGAGGGGGGAGGAGGGUGGUUCAACAAAAGAAAAACAAAACGCAAUUUGGAAGUUUAGAACGAAAAUUUGGAGAACAAUGGACAACGAAAACGUCACGGAAAUCUUCAUGCAGCAUGGCGUCACGCUCAAAAAGGCCAGCGCCAGCCACAUGUCCGCCCUGAGCACGGUGGGUGUGCUGGCAUUUUGCAAGUACCAAAACAGCGAUCUGCACUUUUUCGAGUGGAAGCAAACGGACAUGUGCGAGAUUCUGGACACCGAAAGCCAGGACUCCGGUUGGUCGCUGGUUGACACCAUCGAAUCCACUUCGUCCAGCCCCAUUCCUGGAAUCUCCGGAAGUGCGCAAAAAUGUUCGGAGGUGAAUGACGCGACGGCGGCCGGGCAAACAGAGGGCUGUCCAACGUCCAAGAAUGCCAAACCGUCCGUGAUGGUCUUGUUCCGGGACUUGCUGGGCAUCGAGUACAGCAAGAACGAGCUGCGCUUCUUCAACCCGGAUUACUCCGUGCACAGUGCGUACUUGUUUGCGCACGGGUCGCCGUACUCGUUUGUGGAUUUCCUCGAGCGGAGACGCUUCAUCCGGAAGAACUCCCGCCGGAAGCACUACUACUACUGUCAGGAGGUGGCCGAAACGGACGACAAACUGCAGCGGUCAUUUUCGGAGCUCAACAUCGAAGACAUCCGGAACCGUCCCCGUGCCAAUCCGUACUUUGAUUUCGUGUCCAAGCUGGCCAGCGUGCAUCACCAGAUAUUGCCCCUCGGGAGGGCGGCACCGGAGGAGCGGCGAAGUCCGCAGGAGGAAUUGGGGAGGGACGUUGUUGUGAAGCAGCCGACCAGCAAUGGAAUCGAUAAGUUGAAGAAGGAGGAAGUGAGGCCGGUGGUGAGUAAAUUGGCACCGAGACAACCGGUGCACCGGGGACAACCGUUGACGGCGAAGCAGUGGUCGGAUCUGAAGGCUCAGGAUGGGUCCAUCACGGAUCCGGAUCUGCUGAAGGAGAUCAUUUUUAGAGGGGGCAUCUCCGACGACAUCCGCGCCGAGCUGUGGAAGUAUCUCCUCGGGCUGGACGUGUGGGAGCACACCACGGUCCAACGGGACGAGCGGCGUGCCAGCAAAACCCAGGAAUACUUCCAGAUGAAGCUGCAGUGGCUCACAAUCACCCCGAUCCAGGAGCACAACUUUACCGGCUACCGGGAACGCAAGUGCCAGAUCGAAAAGGACGUCAAGCGGACGGACCGGACGUACGAGUUCUUCGCCGGGGACGACAAUCCUAACCUGGCCAAGUUGCAGGACAUUUUGAUGACUUAUGUGAUGUUCAAUUUCGAUUUGGGCUACGUGCAAGGGAUGAGCGAUUUGCUGGCGCCGAUUCUGAGCUUGGUGCAGAACGAGGCGGAGUCGUUUUGGUGCUUUGUCGGAUUUAUGGCGAAGGUGUUUAACAACUUUGAUAUCGACCAGAAGGGCAUGAAGCAGCAGUUGGAGCAUUUGCGGACGCUGUUGGCGUUUGUGAAUGAAAAGUUGUACAAUUAUUUGAUGGAGAACCAGUCGGAGAAUAUGUACUUUUGCUUCCGAUGGCUGCUGGUUUGGUUUAAGCGGGAAUUUUCCAACAUCGACAUCAUGCACCUGUGGGAGAUCCUGUGGACGGGACUGCCCUGUCCCAACUUCCACCUCUUUAUCUGUGUGGCAAUUUUGGACCAGGAAAUGGACGUAUUUAUAAAUCAAGAAUAUACCUUCACCGAGAUCCUCAAACACGUCAACGAACUUUCCGGCAAUUUGAACCUGCUCGCGAUCCUCGAACAAGCCGAGAGCAUUUACCUGCAGGUCAAGCAAAGUCUGGAAACGUCCAAAGAGCCCCACGUGGAGCUGCGGAAGAUGAUUGGCGAAGAGAUCAGUCCCGGGCAGCAGCAGCAGCAGUCGGGAAGUGACGAGGAUGACGAUAGCUACGCGGCGAUCGUGAGUGAAAAAUCAACCGAAGAUCAGGAAGCGAUGCAGCGAAAGGUGGACGAAGCGUGCGAUUUGUCGCUGAGUUAUGCGUUUUUCUAACAAGUGAGAAGGGGGGAAUAGCAACUUAUCUUAUGUUUUUUUUUGUAAACUAUCCAAUUACCUAAUCCAGUCACAUAAACACGCAGCUUAUGAUGUAGAUUUGGAGUCGAUUGUGAACGGGGGCUAUGACGAGAAAUUUGUAAUUGAUAUAAACAUAUUUCAACGGGACUUUUUGUAGUAUGUGUACAUAACUGUUUAUUAAAGUUAUUUUAUGAGUUGAAA